AUGUGUCUGCCGGGCUCGCUGCGUGACAACCGCCGCCCAUCCAUCCGCCAAGAAACGUUUGGCUGGCACGACUCGAACGGCGGGAUGGCACAUGGAUCGAUGCCAAUCGUCAGCCCAGAGUUCAAACAACCGUCGACCGUCGACCCAAUCCUGCCGCCACCAAAAGGGGGAAUCAAGGAUUGCGAUGAUCUGCCUUCUGGAAAGAAUGCCCAACAUCGUCAGACCAGCACAGCCGAGACCAGUCCGGCGCGUCACUCGCUCUCCUUUGACACCUCUUCCGGACCGUUGCCCUCGCUUUUGUCGGCCUCAUUGGAUCUUUCACUCUUAGGGCAUCUUCAUACAUCCACACAACGUCGACGGACCGGUGCCUUCAAUACCAACACUACGUCCGAUGCAGCGACUGCUGCCUCCACUUACGUAUCCGCACUUCGCCAACUACACAAGCGUUGGCCUGCGACCGCCAUGUAUUUUCUCUGCCAUAUUGCCUUCUGUGUGGCGUACAGUGACUGGAGUCGACGCCUCCAAGAAUCAAGACAGCGUCAACUAAAAAGCCCAACAGCCGAGAAAGGUCUCGUGGCCGGUGGUUCCCGGCCGUCCCCAGUGAUAGCUCAACCAGACCGAGACAGAGGCGUCAUUGGCUGGGUGUUCCGUCCGCCAUCCUCGCCCGUUGGCAGGCCCCCCUGA